AUGGUAUGCUCCAUGAUGCAGUCAGCAUCAUCCCCAUAUUGCGCGCAGCACGUAUAUCGCCCGUCCCGACUGCUGCGCAUCUCGACCGAUGCAGCCAUCAAUUCGGGUGUUAAACCUGCGCAAGAUUUGAGUGAGCGCUCGAAGCUCUGGGCCGAGAUCAAUCAGUGCGAUUGGGAAACAGCGAGCGCGACACGUCUCUCUCACGACAAAGCCAUGCGCAAGCCUUAUAUCAAGUGGCAGAAGCAUCUGCGCAGCCCUAUUGGUCAAUCAGGCCAAUUGAUCAAGACCGCUGAAAGCCCAGACCUGAGGGUACUAUCGAGAAAGUUCAGCUACCACUUCAAGGGCUAUACUAGCAACACGUGGGCACGGCGCUACACUGUUUCCCCAGAUGAACCACGAGUCAGGCAGUACGAAUUCGUAGAGCUCGACUACGGACAAACCUUACAUUUACCGGAUCUACCCGACUAUACGGCUCUGCACUCGACUGCUCCGGGCGGAAUCGAAGUCCUUCUGGACUUGGCGUUGUAUGGCAAAGGUCACAAAAUCUUCACACCAGUGAUUUCAAGCUACAAGGCACUGUACCUCGAGUUACGGGUUCUGCACUCGCUGUCGCCUUAUCAGCAGGAGAUUUCGCGGACCGAGCACGUUGUUAAGGAGUGCGCGAUGAUGGACUGGCGGUUUCACGGUGCAUUCGCACUGCCAUGGUACCAUGCUUAUAGUUCCUUGAGUCACGGUUUCAGACGCCUGGAAGAUCCUACAUCGACCGAAUACAGGGAACUUUGCCAGUAUUUAUUCGGCUCGAAUCAGCCUACUCACAAGAUGAGCUUCGAGAUCAAGGAUAUCUACGAAGUCUUUGUCAAAACCAGAGCGAGAAACGCAUAUGAGAACUGGAUUCAGAGUCGCGAGGACCGCGACACCGAGGAGCGCCUGCUUUUAUGGCAUGGUACUAGGCUCUCUUCGCUGCAUGGCAUCUUGGAUGUGGUCUGCAGAUCCGACGGCCUGGCGUCUGGUACACUGGCACCAUGUUUGGUGAUGCUGAUUCAUCGAGCAAGUCAGCAGGGUACUGUCGAACCCGAGGUAGCACUGGAGAUGGUGAUGCGGUUCUGCUUCUAUGCGAGGCCGACGUCGGAAAAGCUCGCUUACAGAGUGAAUCUUCCAAUUAUUUCGCUCACUCUGAUAUCGCGGCCUCGUGUGGCCAAUACAGGUGCUUUUCAGGGCUUGGUGAACUUCAGCCAGGCACCUGCUGCCAAAGCAGGUGUUGUGCAGAUGCCCGACACUCGGAUUCCGUAUCAUGCAUCGAACCCGCGAGGCGAUUUGAAAUUUAACGAAUAUGUUAUUUACGACCCCUCGCACUUGACCAUUCGAUAUAUUCUUCAUCUGAAAGCCUGCGAAGCAGUAUCCUCGCCCAACAUUGGUGUUCGAUUUCUGGCACGAAGAAAGUCAAAGGUUAUGGGAAAAUCUCGUGUAGCCGGGCUUGUGCGGCAUGCCUCAGAUGCUCGUUAG